AUGAGCUCGGGCGACGAGUUCGUCGAUGUCGAUCGGUCGGAUUCGUCGAGCUUGGACGAUUCCGACCUCGACGAGCUGCUCCAGGAUGAUGAGAUGGAGGACCGCGCAAAGCUGCUGAAUCGGGGGCGUGGGUCAGUGAUGGGCCGGAACCACACCCAGCGGAAUCGCCUCCUCAGCCACGAGCAGCUGAUGGGGGACUACUUCGCCGAGGUACCUACCUACCCGCCCCAUCUAUUCCGUAGGAGGUAUCGCAUGUGGCGUAGUUUGUUCGUCAAAAUCGUCAAGGCCUGUGAAGCCAAUUCGAAUUACUUCAAGCAACGUAGAAAUGUCGUCGGCGUGAUGGGUUUCAGCCCGUUCCAAAAAAAAAUCUGCUGCCAUGAGGGUGAUUGCCCAUUUUUGACCCGUAAACACGAGUUCGGUGAACCGAACUCCGGGUUUUCAGUUCGCAUUUUUACGGGCUCUGCUAGAGAUGCUCUAAGACAGGUGCAAACUGUCACCCAUGAAGUAGAUGCAAUCCUCUCAGCAGCCAUUGCACUUUGUAGCAGCCAGGGCCUUAGAGCUACAUUGGCCAAGAAAGAGCGCAUGGCCAUCCAAGUCAGUGACCCUUCUCCAUCGACCAGGGUUGGUGCUCAGGCCCCAGGAUGGUAA